UUUUAUUGACCCUUUACACUCCUCAUAACCCUAACCAACAACUAAGAUCGAUUCAACCUCGCUAUCAAUCUUACAACGACUCAGUUAGCUUCCCUCAGUACCCUGCGACGAUCGCUCGCGUCGGCCUAGAUCGCUUCCCCCUUUCUACCCUUCGCCGCCUUCCCACCGCUCCGGCUACACCCCCAGCUAUCGCCGAUCUCGUUCCCCCCUCCUUCAUCCUAGUAAUCCUCGCAGUACCCACAACUCGAGUGAUACCUGCCUCAUCGUCGGUGAUAGCCCAGUACAUCGCUCUGUCGAUUGCUGCCCCCUAUACCACGAUCGAGUUAUUGUUGUUUUUAAAGAUAUUUAAAAACAUAAAACAAUCCACCGGAACUAACGAACAGUUACUUACAAUAACUGUCGGGUUAUUGUCGCUUGACGACCUAGGUAUCUACCUGACGACGACACGUUCAUCGUUUUAUAGCAUCUCGACACUCUACACGUGUCAUACCCAGAUACUAUAUAACCAAAACGACGAACCUCUGUCUUCUUACAAGACGUCUAAUACCUAUUUCGUUAUGUUCAGUCCCUCCUCGAUCGAGCGAACCGCUGACUAUCCUGUCAUGGAAACCGAGACCGUCCGACGUCCGUCGACGAACCCUCGUAUCAAUGUACAGCUACCUGCCCCCCCUCCCAACGUAUCACGUGAGGUCGUUCGACCUGAGGACAUGAUUGAAGUCGUUACUUCAAUCCAAGCGUUUCGCGAACGAGCCAAGACAUGCUCUCGUCACGGUGCUACCGUCGCGAAAUGGGUAGAAGAACAUCUGCUUCCCCCUGUUUUUAAACAAAUGGAAGAAACGAUCAAUGCACAUCGUCAGAUUUCCAGUGCGAUCGCAAAAUUGGAAACUCACAAAAAGAACGGCACUUACCCCGAAUCUAUUGUGAAAAGCACCCCGGCUUACCAAUUAAUGAGCUCCCUCCCUGGCAAGAACGAUACGCCUGACAUGACCGUUCGACAAAUGGAUAUUAACCAUGCCACGAAUAGGCUCAGAGAGUUUAUCUUAAACUCAGCGAUCGAGUCUAGGAAGGAGGAGCUGUCAGACGCAAACUCCUUUCUACACCCGGAGACACUCUUAAGGGGAUUAUUAACCAAGUGGGUGGAAGAAGCUCACUCAGUUAUGACCUCGUCUCCAGCUGGUCCCGUCUCGGCCGAUUUUCGCAAUGUGUUCGACCUCGCUUUGCUUCUCGUCGAACAUAAGUUAACCGAUGCCACCAUUAGUGCGUCGCUUAAAGCUGCUGCGGCCAUUAAAGUCCAGGAAGCGAAACGUUUAGCUAAAGCUACGGCCGAGAUGGAAGUCGAUGGAUUGUCUAAAGAAAGAACUCUUACCGAAGAGAUUCGCUCGAUCCUCCGUCGAGAGAUGAAGACCGCCUUUAAAAGCACCAUCGAUAACUCAGUAUGUGCAUCUACUGAGGUUCUAGAUUCGGAACAACUUGACCUCACCGAUGUCUCCCUUGAUCCCUUUGUAGAAGGAUCACCCUCCCAACCAGUCGGGUUUCGCUCCGUCUUCGAAGCGAAAGCAACAUCCCUCAGGCUCGACCAGCCAGCCGUCGAAGUCCUACCGAGGAAACUCGUCGAACCAAGGCAGAGGAGGCUCCUCGUCACACCGUGGCAGAGGAGCCAAUUCGAGCCGAGGCCGACCCUCCGGAAGGGAUAUGACUACUGGGACGAGGGAGAAGAAGUCGGGAAGUCAGUCCAACGGACAACCCGAAAGAGAAAAAGGAAAGGGCCGUCAAGGCCGAUAGAAUGGUGGAAAGGAGAUAAUAGUGACUUACUACGUCUUGAAAGUAGCCCACUUACCGUUGAUCUUGUAAACGGCACUCCUCAUUUUGUGCCGAAAGGUGAUUAUAAUGCCGUUGAGAGCACGGAUAUUCCGUCUACAACGGGGUUAGUAGAAUUAGAAUCCCUGUCAACCCGCACGGCCCUUAGAUUAUCUAAGCAUACACGUCACCCCUCUGGCACACAAAUGCAUAUGCAUAGACAACCCCGAAACGGACUAUGCGUUUCUACACCCCCGGAUUUUGAUAUCCGCCGCCUGGAAACCUAUCCGGACGGAUUCUUUCUUCUUUCCGAUUCAGAGCGUGCUCGUUUUAUGUUUAUUCAUUCUAACAUAUACUGGUUGGAAACACGUGUUACCAACAACGUUCUGCAAAACCCUUUCAACAUCCCCCUCGAUGAGUCAACCAAACGUUUUCUAGCGUUAAACUCAAAAUUUUGCCCCAAGCCGAGGUACGAAAUUCCCCAACGAAUUCUACAUUCGUGGGAGGACUUCUCUAGGUCAGUUCGUAUUCGAUGUCUUUUCUCCGAUAAACCCGAUGAUAUGGAUUUUGUUGCUAAAUUCCAUAUUAAAACCGGCACAUCGAUCGGUAAUUUAGAAAAUCACCCCGAUGUGGAAGAAGGGCUUCGCGUUGGCAAAUCCCUCCUUCAGUCCGCCCUGAGAAAGAUACAGACAAACGACUGGAGGCCUUCGAUCUCUUCCGAACGCCUCGAGGCUUUUGAUCAGCUUAUUCACCACAACGAUUACAUUUUCAAACCUUGCGACAAGAAUCUCGGAAUGAGUAUUCUACCAUCCUCAUGGUAUGUCCAAGAAUGUAAGCGACAACUCUCUGAUCUGUCGACUUACGAACUUGCCACCGUAGAUGUUGCAGCCCUCUCCCAUCGGCUCAUAGAGCUAACGGAUUGCUCAACAUUUACCAAACAAGCCAGGAAAUUCGUGCGGCACACCCUCAUCGAACCGGCUCUUCCCGAGUUCUACGUGCUGCCAAAGGUCCAUAAACAACCUAUUCGUGGACGACCAAUCGUGCCGUCACACAAAUGGAUCACCACUAACUUGAGUAAGUGGCUCGACUAUCAGCUACGGCCCUUUCUUUCUUCAUACCCAUGGAUACUACGCGACUCCAAGACGUUACUACGCCACUUGGAUACACUCGCUCUCCCUACAUCCUCGGAAAAGAUCUGGCUGCUGACUGCCGACAUGACCUCCUUCUAUAGCUCGAUUCCCACCGACGAGGGUAUCAAGAUCAUUAGAUGGAUGGCUUCUAUACAUAAACGCUCAGAUGACGAUGCCGACGUUCUCGGCCAAUCUCUGGAGUUUAUCCUUAAAAAUAACUACCUGGCGUUCGGUUCCUCUGUCUACCGACAAGUGAAUGGCACUGCUAUGGGAACGGCCUGCGCUCCUGCGUUCGCCAACCUUUAUGCAGCCGCCUACGAAUCACUCACUUUAGACAAGAAACCGCCGAGUCUGCUGUACUAUGGCCGCUACCUCGACGAUAUACUAGUGAUCGUCAAAGGCUCCAUCGCCAACGUCGAACAUGUGAAAACCUUUGUUAAUCACACGCUUCAGACGAUGGAACUCAGCUGGACGGUGAGUCCAACGUCACUUCCUUUCCUUGACAUUACCCUUCAAGUCGACGAGGAUCCUGACUCGCUGAAACGAUCGAUUGUGACAUCGGUCUACCAGAAACCGUCUAAUGCCUACCAGUACAUUCCCUGGUCAUCCUACCACCCCCCGAAAGUGAAAUUGGCCUUCGUUAAGGGCGAGUUAGUACGCUAUGCUCGCAUCUGUUCGACUAAAGCUGCCUUUUCCAAGGUCUCGCUUCGGUUCUACGAACGUCUUCGCGCUCGGGGCUACCCGCCCGGAUGGCUACGUAUUGCGUUUCGCACGGUUCGCUAUGCGGACCGUCGACACUUGCUCGUCGACCGCCCCAAACGGCCGUCGCCCGACAAACCCCCUCUGGUUUUCCAUGCUGCGUAUAAUCCCAUCUGGGAGAAAUUACGCAUGAAGCACGCCUUUAAUGCGUUGCUGGGCAUCUCGAAUGCUGUGAGUAAGCAGCGUUUUCUUGGAAAACGACACCGUCCACUGAUGUGUUUUCAUCGUGUACGCAACUUAGGGGACCGACUUAAUACCGCGAACCGCAAAACGAUCUAUAGACUCGAAGGUGCUCCACCUCGUCUCUUUAAGACAGCCCCUAACGGCGCUGAUCCGGACGACUACACCCCCUCCCCUUCAGAAAAGGACCCGACGACAAGUCCGAUCCCUGCCGGAACACUCUAG